CUUUGCCCUUUGCGACUUCAUCACAACACCGCCAAAACGACGCAAACGACGACCCGCUAAAAAAAAAAAGGAAAAAAAAUGGCAGCGAAGCUACUCGCUUCCGCUCUCCGCCGCCAAACCCUAACCCCAAAACCUGCCUCCGCUGCCUCCCAUCUCGUCCGCACCGUCUCCACCGCGGCUGCCGUCGCCGAACCCUUCGACGACGCAGAUGGAGUUUCAAUGAAGGUGAAAAUUUACGGCCGGCCUCUGUACCUGGACAUGCAGGCCACGUCGCCGGUGGACCCCAGGGUCGUCGACGCCAUGCUUCCUUACUACCUCAGCCGGUACGGAAAUCCCCACUCCCGGACCCACAUGUACGGCUGGGAGUCCGACUCCGCCGUUGAGACGGCCCGCACCCAGGUCGCCGACUUAAUCGGCGCCUCCCCCAAAGAAAUCGUCUUCACCUCCGGCGCCACCGAGUGCAACAACAUCUCCGUCAAGGGCGUCAUGCACUUCUACAAGGACAAGAAGCGCCAUGUCAUCACCACCCAGACGGAGCACAAGUGCGUUCUGGAUUCGUGCCGUCAUCUGCAGCAAGAGGGCUACGAUGUGACCUACCUUCCGGUGAAGUCCGACGGGCUUAUCGACCUCGAUGGGCUACGGGCCGCCAUUCGGCCCGAUACAGGGCUCGUAUCGGUCAUGGCGGUGAACAACGAGAUUGGGGUUAUUCAGCCCAUGGAGGAAAUUGGGGAAAUUUGCAAGGAGUUCAAAAUUCCAUUCCAUACUGACGCCGCUCAGGCGCUUGGGAAGAUCCCAAUUGAUGUGGACAAGUGGAAUGUGAGCUUGAUGUCGCUUUCGGGGCACAAGGUUUGGCCAAAGGGGGUCGGGGCUUUGUACAUGAGGAGGAGGCCGAGAAUUCGGGUGGAGCCCCAAAUGAAUGGAGGUGGGCAGGAGAGAGGAAUUCGAAGCGGAACAGUUCCUACGCCGUUGGUGGUAGGAUUUGGUGCGGCCUGCGAAAUUGCGAAGAAGGAAAUGGAGUACGAUGAGAAGAGGGUAAGAGAGUUGCAGGAUCGGAUGUUGAAGGGGAUUAGGGAGAAGCUUGAUAUGGUUGUGGUGAAUGGUAGCGAGGAGAGACGUUAUCCCGGGAAUUUGAAUCUGUCGUUUGGUUAUGUGGAAGGGGAGAGCUUGUUGAUGGGGUUGAAGGAGGUGGCGGUGUCGAGUGGGAGUGCGUGCACCAGUGCGAGUUUGGAGCCGUCGUAUGUGUUGAGGGCAUUGGGGGUGGAUGAGGACAUGGCUCAUACUUCAAUUCGGUUUGGGAUUGGGCGGUUCACCACGGAGGAGGAGAUUGACAGGGCGGUUCAGCUGACAGUGCAGCAGGUGAAGAAGUUGAGGGAGUUGAGCCCGCUGUAUGAGAUGGUGAAAGAAGGGAUUGAUAUCAAGAGUAUUCAGUGGUCACAGCAUUGAGGAGUUUGUAAGAGGGACUGGGUGAAGCAGCGAGUAUAAAGAUGCACGAGUGAGAGCUGAUCGAGUAAAUGGAGAAUUUGAGGUUCAUUUUGCGAUCCUUGUUGUAAAUGCUUUUGACAACUCUCCAUAAUUACUCCAUAACUAAGCUUUGCAAACACGUAGUUGUUUUCGAUAGUUUCCCCGUGCUGUUGUGCAUUCUUGGCAUGUGAUAUGGGCAACGAUACGUUUGUUGAAUAAUUAAUUAUGUUUCACUAAUUUCUAUA